AUUCUUUAGUUUCUUGUUUACUAACAAAUCAGGUGCAAAACAAUAUUUUACGUUCGUUUAUCUGUUUGUUGUUCUAACCACUUCUAACUCUUAGAUUCCAUUAAUAUCCUGCGCAAUUUUGCAAGAGUAUGAAUAAAUUUGAAGCAUUAAACCUGGAGGAUUCCCAGAAUAGUGAUAGUGGUGAGGAAGCUGCUUUUGAUGAACAAAAUAAUGGAGAAGAAAGUGACCAGAAAGAGAAGGUGAAACCUUUAGUGAUCGGAGAGGGUGAACAUCAGCUGCAAUUUCCUUAUGCCCUAUGGUUUUCAAAACGACCACCAGGGAAACAACAAUUCAACUAUGAAGACAAUAUAAAACUUGUUGGGAAGUUUGCAUCUGUUGAACAAUUUUGGUCAUUAUACAUUUGGUUGGUUCACCCUAGUGAGUUAACUGGUCAUUGUGACUAUCAUCUUUUCAAGGAUGGAAUUAAACCAAUGUGGGAGGACGAAGCAAAUAAGCGUGGUGGGAAGUGGAUUGUGAGGUUAAAGAAAGGAUUGGCAUCACGAUUCUGGGAAAAUCUGAUAUUAGCAAUUUUAGGUGAGCAAUUUAUGGUUGGUGAUGAGAUUUGUGGUGCUGUUAUUUCUAUUAGGUUCCAGGAAGACAUUAUAUCCGUAUGGAAUCGAACAUCCAGUGAUCAGGCUGUAACCACCAGAAUCAGGGAUACUUUAAAGCGUGUGCUUAGUUUACCAAUGAACACUAUCAUGGAGUACAAGACACAUGACAACAGCAUCAGGGACAAUUCAAGCUUCAGGAAUACAGCUAUUUUUUCGAGUUAGCCUGUACAUAUAGUCAGAUAGUCUUGAACAGUAUGUCGGUUUUUGAAAAAAACUGAACAUCGCGUGUGACUGGCUGCCGACCAUGCAUAUAGAGCAUUAAUUAAGGAAAGGCGUUUUUGGUCAAUUGGUCUGAUGAAACAUCUGAGUUUGACGUUUUUAACAUUGCCAUAUAAUGGAACAAUGCUUGCAUGCAGGCUUAUAAGGAAUGUGAAUGUAUUUCGUUGGAGAUAUAGUUACUAGCCAUACGCGGAUAUAUUUUUAAAGUUGUGUUUUGUAAAAAAGUGUAAGCCGUCUUUCUACCCUGACCAGCGUAACGGUUGCAUGACAUUUAUGUUAAUAAUAAUAAUACAAAGACUCCAUCCCGCGUGUGUAGAUGAAAAAUGAAAACGUUUCCGUGCCUUUAAGAGUUUUAACAAUAAAAAAAAUUUAAUUACAUGCAACGCAUACCGCCUAUGGUCACCUAGACUAAAUUUUGAUAUGACAAUUAAGAAGAAUAAUCCAACACCAGAAAGUGCAGUUUCCACUAUACGAAACUUUUCGAUGGAACGAAAGUUUUCUUCUGGUUUUCUUUAAAUUUUGUAAGAAUUCCACCGUAGGCGUAGCGGAUUUCCUUGACCGGUCAGAAUUGAAAGAAAAAUAAAGUAAUAAAUUUCGUUCUGUCGAAAAAUUCAGCCUAGUGGAAAACCGCUAUUAAUGUAAAAGAGUAAAACUGAAAAGUUUGAUUCGAAAGUGUUGUAAGUGUGAAACUCACUGUGAAAGAUACAGCUAUACAGGGCGAAAUCGACAAAUCUCACAUACUGCAUGUAAAUACUAGAUUUUCAAGCAAACUUUAACUCGUUUUAUGAUGCAUUUUGUGGUGUUAGAUUAGUUUCUAUACUCGCCCGGUUCAAAAUUAUCCCAUGCAUAUGUAUAGCUAGAAUCGAACGGACAAGAAAUAGAUAUCAAUUUGCCAAAAUAAAUAAUCCUUUCUGUGGCGUUCCCAUUCAAUAUCCCACUGAGCCAGCAAAACGAUGAUCAAACUUCUUAAUUAUAUAAAACUAAGGACUAUACACAUGCAUACACGCAUAAUGAGAUCUUUCU